UGCAUAGACAUGACGGUUUCUGUGUCUCCAUAACGUGGCCACUACAAAUACAGCCGAAACGUUGAAGUAGAGUAAUUAAUAUACAUUUGUAAACAAGUCUCGGAACUCGAGAAUAAUGGUUGUAAUAUUUUUAAAAUGUUCAGCCGCAAUAGGAUUUUUUGUUGUGAAAUAGAUACGCAUUUGAAACAGCACCUCUGCUCAUCCAAAUAUUGUGCUAAAGUGGCCCAUAACAGAUAUUAUCUAUAGUUUUUGUAAAGUAUGUAUUCAGACUUGCCAACAUUCAAUUUAUGGAGGAGUAAGUAAUCCUUACAUUUUUUUGAACACACUAACACUUUUUUAAUAGUAGAAUCAUCCUCUCAGAUCUGGGAACUGGUUGAUAAAACCUCAUGCUUACUGCUACUUUUAGAAGUUGUUAGAUACAAAAAAAAAAACUAUUCUUUCCUAGUUCAGGAACUGUAUUUUUUGAUUAAAAAAGUGUUGAUAUUUGAAAUGACGUUGAUGUUUCUCUUGUCAUAUAUGUAGGUGAUCUGGAAGAAAUCUGUUUGUUAAAAGAUAAGCCUGCUUGUAUGGUGGUUUUCUUUGUACAUUUGUCCAGAUAAUUAAAUAAAUAUAAAUAAAAAUAGCCUUUAUUCACCAUCAUUAUUACAUAGUUUCACUUUAUUAAUUAAUUUUCUAUCCACCUUACAAAUAAAAAAUAAACCAGGGAUUAACAUGGGUUUAAGUUGUUUUUUUCUUUGUAAAAGUUCUUUAUUCACAUAUUAUAAUCAGUACAUGUCGCGACAUUGUCAGCGAAAUAACAAUCUUAGAUAAUAUAACAUUUCAUCGGCGGCUAUUGCCUUUUAGAAACGAUACAAGAAGAAAAAUAUAUGUAUUUGUAUUUACUAGCAAAUGUUUAUAUAACAAACCUUAAGUAUAACUAUGCUAACUUUGGAAAGUUACAUUUACAAUACAUCAAUAAAUAUUUGAGAAUUUUAUACCAAGGAAUAGGUAACAAGCAGCAUUUGGGUUAAUCUUUUUAAUUACAAGAUGUACGACAAUGUAGGUAAGGCAAAAACAACAUCAUCCAAUGCGAACAACAUCCAAUACGCAACCGGCCAUACAGCGCAUACCAUGGGUUUAAGUAUUUGACAGCCAAGCAAAGUUCAGUCGAAUUGUAUGAUGAUUGGAUUAAAUGAUUAAAUUUUGCUUGACUGUCAAAUACUUAAACCCAUGUUCGUCCCAGGUUAUUUUUUUAUUUCUAAGGUGGUAUAUGUCGGGCUGUCCUUGGACAUAGGCCUCCUCCUUAUUGAAUCACACCUGUCUAGCCUUGUAGUGUUUAGAUAUCAUUAAUUUAAUUUACGUUUAAUUAUUUGUUAUUAUAUUGUAUUUAAUUAAAUGGUCAAUAGUACGGACUCAUGGCAGGUGGCACUGAGCAUUCAUUGGUCACCCCACUCGUACCUCUACUUCGAGGCCGGUUGUGCGGAGUGGGAGAGUCAGUCGAGCGCUGACUGCCGUCCGGAAAUGACGAUCUGAAGCUAAUGCUGGACGGAUCGAAGGACUCUCUUAAACUAGAAGCAAUGAAGAGGAUCAUUGGUAUGAUCGCUAAAGGGAGAGACGCAUCGGAGUUAUUCCCGGCAGUAGUGAAGAAUGUUGUGUCGAAAAACAUAGAAGUGAAGAAGCUUGUGUAUGUGUACCUGGUGAGGUAUGCUGAGGAACAACAGGACCUGGCGUUACUCUCGAUCAGCACAUUCCAGAGAGCACUUAAGGAUCCGAAUCAGCUGAUCAGGGCGUCGGCGCUGCGAGUGCUAUCCUCAAUCCGGGUGCCGAUGAUCGUUCCCAUCGUGAUGCUCGCCAUCCGGGACUCAGCCAGCGACAUGAGCCCCUACGUCAGGAAGACUGCCGCUCACGCCAUACCGAAGCUUUACAGUCUGGAUCCCGAUCAGAAGGAAGAGUUGGUGUCGAUAAUAGACAAGCUAUUGUCGGAUAAAGCACCAUUGGUGGUUGGAUCAGCCGCCAUGGCGUUCUCUGAAGUGUGCCCUGACCGUAUGAGCCUUAUACAUAAGAGUUACAGGAAACUAUGUUCGUUGCUGGCUGACGUGGACGAGUGGGGGCAGUUAACAUUGCUCAAUGUGCUCACGGUCUACGCCAAGACUUGCUUCCCGGACCCCAAUAAUGAGACAUACACAAGCGACAGUGAUUCGGACAAGCCGUUUUACGAUUCGGACAGUGAGAGUGGUACUCCGAAGAAGCAUCCGACUCGAUCGCCAACCUUAGACCCUGACCACAGACUACUCUUGAGAGCAGCUAAACCUCUACUGCAGAGCAGGAACUCUGGUGUCGUCAUGGCUGUGGCACAACUCUUCUACCACUGCGGGCCAGCCCAAGAGCUUCCGCCGGUAGCCAAGGCGAUGGUGCGCCUCCUGCGCGCCCCCGUCGAGGUGCAGAGCGUGGUUCUCAACGCCAUUGCCUCACUCACAGUCAAUAAACGGUCACUCUUCGAGCCAUUUCUGAAGUCGUUUUUCGUGCGGAAUUCAGAUGCUACGCAUAUAAAGCUGCUCAAACUGGAGAUCCUUACCAAUUUGGCGACAGAAGCCAGUGCAGCGGUGGUAUUACGAGAGUUCCAGACCUAUGUGACAAGCAGUGAUAAGGCAUUCGCCGGAGCCACCAUACAGGCAAUAGGUCGACUAGCAGCAACAAUACAUUCGGAAACUGAAACCUGCCUCAACGGACUGCUACACCUUUUGUCCAGUAAAGAUGAGUGGGUGGUGUGCGAGGCCGUGGUGGUGGUGAAGCGUGUGGUGGGGGGAGGCUGCGGCCAGCCGCGGGCCGCCGUGGCGCGCGCCGCCAGCCUGCUGCGGCAGGACAGGCUGGCGGCGGCGGCGCGCGCGGCGGCCGUGUGGCUGGUGGCGGAGCACGGGGCGGAGCACCCGCGCGCGGCCGCCAUACUGGCGCACAUGGCAAGGAGCUUUUCCGAUCAGGACGAACUAGUGAAACUGCAGCUGCUAUCUCUGGCGGUGAAGCUAUCUAUCACCCAGCCGGACACGCUGCCCGUGUGUCGGUACAUCCUCACCCUAGCUCGGUACGACGCCAGCUAUGACGUCAGGGACCGCUCGCGCAUGCUCCGCCGGUUCAUCGAACCCAAAGAAGGCAGUCUAUUAGCAGCCUGCGCUACUGAGAUCUUCUGUCCUGAUAAACCGAAGCCUACCAUACAGAGCAGUUUUAAAGAGCGGCAGCAGUACACGCUGGGCAGCCUGUCGCAGUACGUGUGCGGCGCGGCGCCGGGCUACCGGCCGCUGGCCGCGCCGCCCGCCCGCGCCUUGCACGCCGCCGCCCGCGCCGACCCCGCCGACCUCGCCGACCGCGCCGACCCCGCCGACGAGCCGCAGAAAAACAAGAGUUUCUACUCCGAGCCGGAGAGCAGCGGCUCGGGAUCUGACGGUUCGUCAUCUGGAAGCAGUAGUUCCGAGGAGUCUUCUGACGAACAAGAAAGCGCCAACGAGAAAAAGCCAGAUAAGCCUAAAGAAACAAACAACCACAGGUCCGGUUCAGGGUCGGGCUCGUCUGACAGCGAGUCGGACAGCGACUCGUCGUCCGCCUCCGACGACUCCAGUUCGUCAGAGUCCAGCCCCGAUGACACACCAAAUAAAUCUGCACACAAGAAAAUGAGCGUGUCCCCCGCGAUGGCGGAGGCCCAGCGCGUAGAGAAAUCCAACUUGGAGCUGCUACUGGAGCUGGACGCGGCGGCCGGAGCCCUGCCCACGUUGACGCCCACCGCCGGGGGGCUGCUGUCGCCGCCGACCACUGGUCACCCUGCUGUGGCUAAUGGGGAUGCGGACGAGAUCACCCCGGUGGGCCCGUCGGCGGCCCCGGGCGCGGCGCCGCUGCUGGGCCGCGUGGCGGGCGCCGGGCUGGCCGCCGCGCGCCGCUGGCCGCGGGCGCCGCACCUGCUGUCGCACAGGAUGUGCGCCGUGGAGCUGGUGUUCACCAACCACUCCAGCCAGGACGUCAGCGGCGUCAGGGUCAACAAGAAGACGCUGACGGGCUCGCGUUCCAUCCACGAGUUCCCCCCGCUGCCCACACUGGCGCCCGGCGCCUCCGCCGCAGCUAUGCUCGGAGUCGACUUCGCCGACUCCAUACAGCCCAUCGAGUUCACCGUCAUCAGCUCGCUUGGCGAAGUGCCAGUAUCGAUAACGCCGCCCGUGGGUGAGUUGAUGCGCGCGGUCACCAUGUCUGAAACUCGCUGGGACCAGGAGCAGAAGAGGCUACGAGGAAUGACGGAGUGUGACAAGAAGGCGGUAAAGUUAGAAGACGAAGAAACGAUAUGUAGAAUAGUGUUUGACACUGCCAAUGUUGCCGCUAUCACAUCUACUGGAGAGUUCCUCAGAUUUGCGGGUAGAAUGUUGUCAUCACAAGAUUUGGUGUUACUAUCAGUGAAAAUUGAAGACGAAUCUACUAAAGUGGUAGCGAACUGUUCAAAUAUGGCUAUCGCGUCAUUACUUGCGAACGAAGUUGCGCAGGCAUUUGCUAAAGCGUCAAAUUAAUUAAAAUAAUUCCCAUAAAAUAAAUUCCAUUACAUUUAGAUACAGAAAAAUACAGUAGCGAGGAAAUGAUUGUAUAUUAAAGUUGAAUACGUUUUA